GCAUGUGAAAUGUGAAUGCACCUUUAAUUUUAACUGCUGAGUGCUUGGAUCAGCUUGGAUACAUAUCUCGUCCUGAUACCUUUGAGAACAUUACUACUUUAUCAAUAAUUAUGUACGAGCAACUUAUAAAUGAAUAUUAUAUUAAUCUGGAGUAUGAUAAAAGCAACAAAGAGGAAAUAUUGACAGAAAUCUUCACUUUAUCUAAAAAAAUAAAAUUUAAUGAUACUGAUGACUUUUCAACAAGAUUUCUUAAAGCAGCAUCUAUAAUAGAAAAAAAUUUGUUUCUUUUCAACUCCGCAUGUAAACACGUAGACAUAGUUACCACUAUCCUUGAAUACUUGACAAAUUUCGGUGUGAAAUUUAUGUUUGGUAUUGAGUUUGACAAUUUAGAUGAAGAAUACAACAAAGAAGAAAUAAUCUUGUCGGUAGUGCUCACAAUCUUCACUAUAUGUACAGAACACAAAGUGCAAUUAUUUCUGGAAAAUGCUAUCAUCAAAAAUUCAAUACUAAAUCAAAUCCAAUACAAUUCUUUAAAAAAUGAGCUUUUAAAUCAAACCAACGAAAUGAUACUUCUAAAGGAUUCAGAUUUAGAGACGUUAUAUUUGUAA